UUUUUUUCUUUCCCCAUAGGUUCCGUGUUAUAAAUUAUAAACCUCGUCAUUUGUUGGUUUAAGAAUUAAGAACAUGAUGAGACAAUGACUUUGGUGUUUCUUUUGAGUUUUUAGUUUAAGUUCUAUAUCUUAUGUUUUAUAGUGUGUUAUGACUUGAUGUUAUGCUAAUUUGUUGAAUUUAUUGCUGCAUAUGCUGAACUAAAUGUCUUAUGAGUAGAAAAUUGUUUAAAUUGAUUAGAUUUUUCUGCAUGUUUAUUGUGCAGGUAAUCUAUCAUAAUUUUAUGAUGGACUUUUGGCUGAACGUCAUGAGCUACCAUCCGCAAUCAAAAUCUAUUAACGCAUAAACAAGGAUUCAGUAAUUGAGGAAGUUGUUUCUAGAAUGGGAGUUUGUCUGAGCGCCCAAGUUAAAGUUAAGAGAGAGGGAGAGAUCUUUCACUGUUCUAAUUUAAAGAGCUUUAGUUUAUCAGAACUUAAGAAAGCCACAAGAAAUUUCCAUCCGAACAGUUUGUUAGGCGGUGGUUUUGGUUCUGUUUUUAAGGGUUGGAUUGAUGAGAAUUCUUUGGUGCCUGCCAAACCUGGCACUGGCAUUGGUAUUGCGGUGAAGAGACUUAAACAAAGUGGCUUACCGGAUCACACGGAGUGGUUGGCCGAAGUAGAUUAUUGUGGACAAUUUUCUCAUCCUCAUCUAGCGAGGUUGAUUGGAUAUUGCCUUGAAGAUAAACACCGCCUUCUCGUCUUUGAGUUUAUGCCUCGCGGUAGUUUGGACAAUCAUUUUUCAACUUAG